ACAUUGAAUUUAAGAGUCAUAAUACAUCACAUAGAAUUUGAAAUAUGUCUGAAAAUCAAAUUAAGGCUGAACAAAUCAAGACAGUAGCAUCCUCCUGCGACUUGUAUGAUCAAUUUUUUUUGAAUAAAAGAUCAAUAAUUUUGUCUUUAAAAUGUCACAAAUAAUAUAAUAAUAUGACAUUUUAAAUAGCAAAAUGCUGCAGCAGGUUUUUCACAGUUUAAAAGUUGCAUCCAGUGACAGGAAACUCAAGAUCCAAACCCUGGAUUUUUCAGGAUUUCUUAGUUAAAUCCUGGAUGUGGAGUUAAGAUUAUUUUGUCAAACCAUUUAUUCUGCUAUUAACUCUCUGAAGUCCAGGUGCAUUCUGGGUAAUUUGUUUCUGCCAAUUCUCUAUUCAUUUAAUCUUUGUUUAGCACCUUUUAAACUACUCUUAACCCAGACGCAUGGUCUUCUUUAUUUUCAAACAUAAAUCUGAUUUAUAGGCUAAUUUCAUCAGUUUAAUAAAGUAUAAAGCAAAAACACUCAAUAUAUUAUUAUAGAGCCAUUAAAGGUUAAAAAAAUCUAUUCUUUCAUGAUUUAUACUCACAAACACAGCAGGGAAAUGGUAAGAAAUAUAAGUAUAAUGCAGUCUUUUUGCUGUAAAGUAGGAUUGAUCAGUUAGUUAGAGACUGUAAUACAACACUUCCUGUUUGUGUUUGCUUCAUUUUUAUACGGCAGAUGUAUAAAAAUGUAUUUAAAAAUUUGACUUUCCUUGUUUGGGUUCAAAGUUGACGUUUCAUCGUUUUCUGUUUUUCUUUCACAGAACGAUAAAGUUCUGUGAUUCUAAAUAAAAAUGACUCGAUGUUUUCAGCCUCUCAGAAGCAAAAAAAAAAACCACAUUAAAGUUGUGUUGUUGUUUUUAACGCUAACAGUAAUUUAAUGUCGUUAAAUGAUUAUUAUUAUUAUUAGAGGCUGUAAAAUGUGAGCAGAGUGAGACGUCUGUCUCCUCCUCCUCCUCUCUGACAGCAGCUCCAGGGCGGAGGGAGGAGAAAGAGGAGGGGAGGAGGAGGAGGGGAGGUGCGGACUGUCACCGGACGGGGACUGAACGAAAAGGCACAAACCGGAGAGUUGAAUUUUUCCUCCUCGGCUGGGCGGUGGGAGGGAGGCGGUGGACGGUGUUUAAGGGAGGAUAAGCUGAGAUUGAAGCCGCCGCGGGGGACCAGGAGCUCGGUCUGCUGCCGCUGUCGGUGUGACCGCCCCCCCCUGCUCCAGACAGCAUCAACAUGGAGCUGGAGAACAUCGUGGCCAACACGGUGCUGCUGAAAGCACGGGAAGGAGGUGGUGGAAACAGAAAAGGAAAAAGCAAGAAAUGGAAGCAGAUGCUGCAGUUCCCCCACAUAAGUUUGUGUGAAGAGCUGCGCCAAACCACAGAGAAGGACUACAGCAGCCUCUGUGAGCGGCAACCGAUCGGACGGUUACUGUUCAGACAGUUCUGUGAGACCCGACCCGAACUGAGGCGCUGCGUCAAGUUCCUGGAUGCUGUGGCGGAGUAUGAGGUGACUCCAGAUGAGAAGAGGAAGGAGUGCGGUCAGGAGCUCAUCGACAAAUACUUCAACCCAAAGUCGGAAGACCAUGUGCCUGAGGUGGAGGACGUCAUGAUGGCUCAGUGCACCGAGAGGCUGCAGCAGGAGGCCUGCAAAGAGCUCUUCAAGGACUGUACCAAAUUGAUCCACGACUACCUGAGUGUAGCGCCCUUCGCAGACUACCUCGACAGCAUGUACUACAACAGGUUCCUCCAGUGGAAAUGGCUGGAGAGGCAACCGGUGACGAAAAAUACAUUCAGACAGUACAGAGUUUUAGGGAAAGGAGGCUUCGGAGAGGUGUGUGCGUGUCAGGUACGGGCCACAGGAAAAAUGUACGCCUGCAAGAAGCUGGAGAAGAAGAGGAUAAAGAAGAGGAAAGGAGAGUCAAUGGCACUCAACGAGAAACAGAUCCUGGAGAAAGUCAACAGCAGAUUUGUAGUGAGUUUAGCGUACGCCUACGAGACGAAGGAUGCUCUGUGCCUCGUGUUGACCCUCAUGAACGGAGGAGACCUGAAGUUUCACAUCUAUCACAUGGGCGAGGCGGGUUUCGACGAGACGAGAGCCGUCUUCUACUCCGCGGAGAUCUGCUGUGGGCUGGAGGACCUGCACCGAGAACGCAUCGUCUACCGAGACCUCAAACCAGAGAACAUCCUGCUGGAUGAUCACGGCCACAUCAGGAUAUCAGAUCUGGGUCUAGCAGUUCAUGUGCCAGAGGGACAGACCAUCAAAGGACGAGUGGGAACAGUAGGAUACAUGGCUCCAGAGGUGGUGAAAAACGAGCGCUACACCUUCAGCCCAGACUGGUGGGCGCUGGGCUGCCUGCUGUACGAGAUGAUCGAAGGCCAGUCGCCCUUCCAGCAGAGGAAGAAGAAGAUCAAGAGGGAGGAAGUGGAGCGGCUGGUGAGGGAGGUGGAGGAGGAAUAUUCCAGCAAGUUCUCCGAGGACGCCAAGUCCCUCUGCAAAAUGUUGCUGGCCAAAGAUCCCACAGAGAGGCUGGGCUGUCAGGGGGGUGGAGCCUCUGAGGUCAAAGCCCAUCCCAUCUUCCGCUCCAUUAACUUCAAACGGCUGGAGGCCGGCAUGCUGCAGGUGCCCUUCAUCCCUGACCAGGCCAUCUACUGUAAAGACGUGCUGGACAUCGAGCAAUUCUCCACAGUGAAAGGUGUCGAGCUGGAGCCAAAAGACGAGUCUUUCUACAGCAAAGUGUCCACGGGCAGUGUUUCUAUUCCCUGGCAAAAUGAGAUGAUCGAGACAGAGUGUUUCGCAGAGCUGAACAUAUUCUACCAGGACGGAGCAGUUCCCCCUGACCUGGACUGGAGAGGGCAGCCGUCUCCUCCGCCCAAACAGGGACUCCUGCAGCGGCUGUUUGGCAGACAGGAGUGCUGUGGUAACUGCAGUGAUAGUGAUGAGGAGCCCACCAGGCUGUGACACACACACACACACACACACACACACACACACACACACACACAGGAUCUUAUUUGUUUACAACUUUUGCACAUUUGUAUUUUUAAGAUAGUACUAUCUCUGUCAGAAUGUAUAUUUUCAGCAUAGCCAUAAUGUUUAAUGUUAUUUAAAAAGAGUGAAUCGAUGCGUUCCAAAACCAGGAGACAGGGACAGAAGAUUUUUUUUUCUUUUUUUGCUUUUGUUUGUUUUUAUUUUUUUAUUUUUUUAUUUUUUUUGUCCAGGGAAGGCUUUGUUGCUUUCACAUUCGUCCACUUACACAUUUCCAUGUUAGUGAACCGGGAGUUGCUGCUGCUGCUGCUGCUCCAACUGGAACAAUCGCCUGCUGUAAAAGUGCCUUGCUUGAGGGCACCGUGACAGUGGUUUUUAACGAAGGGAGGACUGAGGAUGAUUCCUCAAUCUCUUUACAUUUUCCCCCACUUUGUCCUGGGGAGAAAUCAAACCAGUGACUUUCAGCUCAUGAACUAUGACCACUCAAUUUCUUCUGCCCUCCACUCUGCUGUGACAAAACCUCACUGCAUUUUCAGCUCUAUUUUACUUCUAUUCUAAUUCCAUUUUCUUUUUCUUUGCUUGGACAUUAUGGUUUUGAACUAGUGACAUCAGAGCCAUGAAGUCUACAUCUGCAGAUAUUUUUAUAUCAACCUUGUUUUGGGGUUUUUUUUCACUAUUGAUUUCUUGAGACAAUCGACUCGUGUCAGUGUGGCAUCAGUUACUCUCAUCAGUUCAGUGCUUCAGAGUAGACGUCUUUACGAGUACAAAAAUUUGAACCCAGAGACUCGGAAAGGUACUGAACCCGAACUGGAAUUGUCUAGUACUUUAAAGCUAGAACCUGAACCCACACAGAACUAAGAAAUGUCAGCCAGGAGACAAAGACCCAAUUGGCACCGAAUUGGGUCCUUUAAUUUUCAAAACUAAAUAAAUAAAGUUUGCAGCUAUAAAGUUAAAGCUUUCUCCUGUCCCUGGCCAUGCUUGGCAAAUCUACUCGUUAUUUCAGAUUAAACACAUUUGUCACGGUGACGGGCGACAAAUGCAAUUUAGUUAGAAUCGGCAUUGUUGAAUUGAGCAAAAUAAUAACUUUAUCCUUUUCCGAUUGCCUGUUCAUUUACCAGGGACACUUCAUCAUGUCUGGGUCUUCUCAGAUCCAUGCUGGUAUUACGCAUUAUGUUAACGAGACCCAGGACCUGUGGCAAUAGAACAGAACCCAACCUUGGACCUGUUUGACCGUAGGAAACCAUUGCAUCGGUACCCCAAUAAGGUCUUGUAUUCUACGGUUUUCAGGGGACCCAUGAAGACCUUUAGGUGCAGUGCCCGUCAAGCUGGAGCAUGACCUUGUGAAAAGGAGUAAUACUUUGCGAGGAGCUGAUCACUCCUGCUCCAUGGUGGUUAACAAAACAAGAACAAACUCCAAAGUUUUGCCCGUUCAGAUGUUUCUGAAGUCACUGCAAUGACAACGAGAGUAACUGAAGCUUUCGGGUCAAACCCUGCGUCACACAAAGACUGAAGCUGGUCUGUUCGUCACUUCAGUGAAAUGCCUCAGCUGGUACUGUUGCAGUCAAUGGCUUCCUCAAAGAAUAUGGCCAUUUUAAGCUAUUAAAAUGAAAUACCUCUGAAUGUACAAAUGGCUGUCAUGUUAUUUCUGUAGACUGAUGUUUGGGAAGACGCCAAAGUCUCAUCAAGUUGUAACAUCUGUCUUGUCCAGGCUGAGUUUCUUGUUCCUGCUGUCAGUUCUUCAUCUUUGGACACAACAACCGUGAAUUCAUUAAAGUGCGUAAUUCUCCUUUAACUGUCCCACAGCGAAUUAAUGUCAUCCGUCCAUCCAAUCCUCUGAAAGGAACUGAACAUCCUACAGCACCAGGGCAUGUCAUAAAAUGUCUCAUUGUGAUUAUUGCGAUGUAAAACAAGAAAAACAACACAUUCUCACAUUUGAGAAGCUGAAAAGCUCAAACUGAUUCCCCACAGCCCAGUGUGACGUCCUCAAAUGUCAUGUUAUUUUGUCCAAGUAACAGUCAAAAAUCCAAAGAUGGUCGGUUUACGUAUGACAAGACAAACAAGUUCUCAGAUUUGAGAAGCUGGAACUAACAGGUGUUUGGCGUUUUUGCUUUUAAAACUGUACUAAGGCGAUUACUCGUUCACAAAAUAGUUACUGAUAAAUUUUUUCUCAUUCAACUGAUUGACUUUUGUUGCAGCUCUAACUCCACCUGUGUUGGAAAACAGGACUUACCCUUUAAGACAUUUGCUUCAUAAUUGGUUUGUUUUUAAAAAUAAUCAACCGACUUGUCUGUUUUUUGGGGGGUUUUAUCUUAAAUGAAUUAUUGUCAGAAGUGGCCUUUUGAUGAGCACUUGCAUUGAUGGAUUUAUUGUUCGGGUUUCUUUGUAUAGUCUUUCAGUCUGCCAGUUUCUUAUCUGCUUCAUGUUCAGCUCUUGACUUUUUUUUUUUGUUGUUGUUGUUGUUUUGUUGUUUUUUUUUUAAUCAAAUCUAAACCAAACCAGUUUAUCCAUGAAUAAGAUCAAAGAUGACAAAUUCCUUCCCAUCCAAGGUGCCUUUUGGUGUUUGAAGGUACUACUCCAGCCUCUUUUUAUACAUACUGUACAUGUUUGUUCAUGCUAACCCUGCUGCUGCAUUUCACUUCCUGUCUGUGGUACCCUGCAUGUUCAUCAUCAGAGCCGUCACGGUGGACGUAGAGUGUCUUAGUGGGGAAACAAAAAACAAGGACGAUGAGACUGAAAGAAAGAAUCCCCCCUACCCGUAAAGACUGUCGACUCUCCCGCCCUCGACCUCUGAACUCUGGACUCUCUGCAGCCAUUUUAUAAAGACUGAGAGGUCGACGGGGAGUCGGAGGACCUGGAUGUUUAAGUCAGGACUCAACUGCUGUGCUGUGUCUCUCUGCUGUCAGAUAACCUCUGUCCUCUGUUUCCUUUGUGUGGAGGAUGCACCAAUAUUAGCCUUAAAGGAUUAAUCCAGUUUAUUGCAACUUGGGUCUUAUUUUUUUUGGCUUUGUCAAUUAUUCGUAUCAAUAAUAUUUGCAAAGUCAAUUUGUCAUUGCUAAAAAGAAAUCAGAGGGGUGAGUAAACAAGCAGACAGAUGAUUGGAUGGUUUAAAAAGGCACUGAUGCAGCAUUUUCCUGGUCAUUUCACAUGAUUUUUCCUUUGAUCUCCUCAGUAGAUUUAAGUAGGCAAGGCUCAGUUGGAAAAAGGUGAUGUCGCACUUUCAUACACCAAUCAGGAAACAGCAAUAUUUGAACUUCGUUAACUUACAAAAAACAGAAAAGUCCACAGGGUUCUUUUAAACUUUGACUGUCACUUACUCAGUCAUGAAUAUUUAAUGUUACAGAAAAGAGGCUUUAAACAAACAGCCAGGUUAGCCAGACUUAUUUUCCUGCUAUUUUCCAACUGUAGUCAGACUCUAGAACAAGGACUUGAGUGGAAGCCACAGUCACCAAAAUAAAACAACUCCAAAUUCAGAUUCAAAUGAUGAACUUUUCACCAUAAUAUUUUCAAUCAAUAUAUAAAUGAAUACAUUAAUAGUUUCCUGUCAUCCACACUGCGUAUCACCUGUUUUCCUUCCUGUGGCCUCACAGAUUCAUUAUUAAAGUGCUAUUUCCAGCUUUUCCUUAUUAAAACAUUUUUAUAAAAUAUUUAAAGAUGAUUAAUUAUGUUUUUUACGCCAUCUGCCCUGUUUUAAUCAAGACGAGGGAGGCUGUGGCUGCCUCCAAGUGAGGAGUUAGUGAUAUGUCAAAUAAGCAUAAAUUAUUUUUGUAUAAAUGCUCCCACAGCUUAGUGAUGUGAGCUGCUGAAAGACUGUUUCAAUCAACCACGACUGCUUGUGUUUCUUAACUUUCCAAAUAAAAGACCCAAAUAGUAACAAACCAGAAUUAUCCUGUAAGGCAAAAACUGUUUAAAUUGGUAGAACAUUUAAAUAGAAAUAAGUAUUUAUCCUGUAGGACUAAAAUCUUGAUUUAAAUGUGUCUAAAAUUAAAGCAAACUUAGCAGGAUGUUAUGUUUUUCCAAACACAGGAAUGACAUUGAGUCUCUUUAUCAGUUUUCUAAAUAUAGAAAUUUAUUUUCCAUGUUCAUUUAAAUCUUCUUUUUUUCCUUGUGUCUUUUUUUCCAGUUGUGCUUCAGUGUCACCUGAUUAUCUGAAGUGAAACCAAGAAAGUUGUGUUGGUGCAUCUCUCAUGUACAUUCCAGUUUGGAUUCUAUGUUGUAAAGAAAGGCUCCUUUAUUUAAUUUUUAUUUUUAUUUUAGCAAUAAUGUUUUAUAGGUUUAAAAAUUGAUGUCACCUGCUGAGAACUUAGAGCUGUGUUUGUGUGGAUCAUGUUUUUUUCUGUUGCCAGUGUUGUUUUUCUGAGCCCAGCUUGUAAAACACUGUGAGAACAGAGGGAAAGCUUCUGUUUUGUAACAUAAACUCCACCAGGAGGAAAUAACAUCUAACAACUGAUCGAUCGGACAGUUAUCAACAUUAUCGAAACACUUCAUGUUUACCUUUAAUACAUCAAACGCUGACGGGUUUAAAUGAUCUAUGUGAAAGAAUGAGAAAACCAGAGGAAAUACUUGUAAUGUCAUGUUGAACUUGUUUUUCUUUUCAUUGUUUCUGCUUGUACAUGUUCAAGGAUUCAGGGAGUACAGCUCUGAAUGUGUCCAGGUUUGUUUAACUGCUUUAGAAACAGCUUUUGUUUUUACUCUGUUUAAUAGACCAUUCAUUAAUCCUGAGAGCCUUACACUGAGGAAACAGCCUCUAUUAAUAAACAGACUGCCACCAUUCA